UGGUAAGAAGAAGCGAAACUUAGCAGUUUAUUCGAUGCGGUGAUGACGCGAUGACGAUAACUGGUUUUCGUGGCUUUGUACCGAUUAGGUACUAUUUCAUAUGUAUAUUAUUUUGUUAUCAAGUAUGAAUUUAUUAAACCACACAUAAUGUAUAAUUUGAAUGAUAUGCCACCUAUCUAGCGCCGAAUUUUGAACGUUGUAUGUACUUACCUAUUGGGGUAAUAUUUUUGUCUUAAGUAUAUUUUAGGUGCUGAAAAUUUGUAAUUAUUCGAGCAUAUAUGUAAUGGCGCUAGCUAUAAUACUGACUCCAUUUCGACGAGGAUUUUUUUGCGACGAUGACUCGAUUAUGUUACCAAACUUGGAAUCAAUAGUGUCCACGUCUACGGUGAUCUGGGUGGCAUUACCGAUUCCAAUAUUAUUAAUUUUGUGGGGUGAAUUUGCGACCAUUCAACGCAACAAAGACUCGAAGUGGUCGUAUCGUCAUUAUGAAAAACACGAAAUCAUGCACUAUUAUCGGAAUGUAUUCCGAAAGCUGGUAUGUUUCGGUAGCGGCGCUUUGUAUCAUGAAUUGAUAAUCAGUAUUAGUAAGCUGACUGUUGGUCGUUUGAGACCAAAUUUCAUCGCAGUUUGUGGAACUGAUGUGCUAAAGGCUUGUCAAAAUAAUACGCAUCAGUAUAUUUCUAAUUACACGUGCCCCAAUGGCGAGGAUGCAGCUGAUAAAAGCAGAGAUUCUUUUCCUUCUGGUCAUGCAGGCUUUUCGUUUUAUGCUGCAGUAUUCACGGUGCUAUAUCUACAGAAAAGAUUGAAAUUUGGAACUUUGUUUUGGAAACCACUGAUUCAAUGUUGUAUCCUAUUACUGGCCUGGUGGGCUUCUCUGACUCGAGUUAUGGAUAAUCAUCACCGUUUGAGCGAUGUGAUCGCUGGCAUAUUCAUUGGCAGUGGUAUAGCUAUAGUAAAUGUUAUUUGGGUGCACUCGUUGUUUGAAGAAGAAGAACCGCUGCACAAUUUGAAUUCGAAUCCAGACUCGUCUAAAAAAUCGUUAUCUGAGACCAAAAGCCUGUUGCAGAAGGGCUGAAAUAUUAGAGUCUGCCCAACAUAAGACUGAUAAAAUUAUACUCAAGCCCAUCGACGUUUUUUUGUACAUCAGAAAAGUUUAUUGUGUUGUUUUCAAUUUGUGAUUGAGAAAAUAUAAAUCGUUUUUGGUUAUGAAA